UUUUAUGGAUUCUAAAUCUAACAAUAUCCUUUUAAUAAAUAGUACUAUUAUUCUAUACUAGGCUUUUACUAUUUUGUUUUCUUGGUAUAACUUAUACAAUUGCUUUAGAAAAAUGUCUUCAAUUUAUAAGCAAUUGAAAAUUUAAGACUUAAAAAGUGAGAAAUAUUUAUAUUUAUAUAUAGGCAUGAAGAAGAAAUCCAGACUUGUCCUUCAACUUUCUCCUCCAUUGGCUCAUGAUCACUCUAUGACGUGCUCAUCAACAAUAAAGCAUAUCACAAUUUUUCAUCAUGCACAAGUUGAGGUUUAUGAUACAUCUGAACUUCAGGCCUUAGCCAUUCUAUGGCUUGCAAGAGGAGGAAUAAAAUCAUCAAAUUUGGAAAUUACAUCAUCUUUUCGAUUUCAUUUGCAUAGGCCAUAUGGAUUAUCACUCAAAAAAUCUCUACAUAUAUUUAUGCAGAAGAGAAGAAAUAGGAUCAAGCAACCUAUUCAAGAAAAUAAAAAAGAAACCUAGCCAUCAAGAAUUUAUGAAUUUAUGAUGAUCAUGUUGAUUAUUAUAUUGAUCACCAUUUUUGUUUUGUAAUUGAUUCGAAUUUCAAAUUUCACAAUCAAGAUUGCAUCAAUGAGGAAUUGGAAGGGUUGGAUUAAUAUUAAUGUCAUUUUUUCGUUCUA